AAUGCUUGACCGAUUCGAACGCACAAUCGUCGGCUGCGUGUGGAGCGUGUGUGUGCUUCGUUGAGUCGCUCUCUCGGCCACGGAACCGUGGAACAGGAACCGUUACACCGUAAAGUGUGUGCCGUGUUGUGAAAGGUUCACCCGCCCCAGAACCGUCGGGAGGGCUCGUAGGGCCUACGCACUCGAAAAAGCCCACACACACACACCGCAAGCGAUGGAGCGGUCGCUGAGGAGGUACGUGAAAGCCCACGGGUAUGCCAUCGCCCUGGCUGCCCUAUUUUUCGGAUGCAUCUUCGUGGCCAGUAUUGUCAGCGGUGACCAGCUGCAGCGUUCGUCGAGCGAGUAUGCAUUCUUCCGAUCGCGACCGCUCGAGCAGCUGAUCUUCUCGAUCGCGUGGAUCGUAGCCGGAAUGAUCUUUCUGCUGGGGUUGAUCUGCGAGCGCAAGGAAGCGAUCUUUCCGUUCUCGACCGUCUUCCUGGUCGAGUGGAGUCUGGUCCUGGUGCAGCUGCUCGGGAGGCUGCAGAGCCGGGGUGUGACGGACCUGCUCCUGUCCGCCGAGGCUGCCGUAUUCCUGCUGGUGCCGCUGUACGUUGGCUACACGCUGGUGGUCCUGUACCGGGUGUUCGACAGCCGGUACAAGGAAGAGGACGACAUCGAGCAGCAAAUCCACCAACCGGUGAAGUUCUUCUUCGGUGACGAACCGGACGACCCCAGCUACAGUUAGGGGAGGGAUGCCAGGCGCCAGUGUUUGCUGUUAAGUUUUAAUGUUACGCUAAUUUAUGAGCGCGGAUCAGGAGGAGUCAUGAGUUUCCAAUUAAAAUCUCUCGCACCAUGUGCAACCGAACA